CCAACAAGCAAGUGUUCACAGUACGUCAAAUCUCAGUUGCAAGACUGGGCAAGCUACGACUUAUAUGACGAUACAAAAUGAGGUUGCAUUGACCCUGCUAGUACUAGCCCAGUAGCCUAGCAUCGAGGUGGAGGCUGGGUCACAGUGGUCAGUAACCCAGCUAGGAGGCUCGGCUCCAGGCAAGCCAGCCUGCUAGUGGAAGGAGGGGGCCUUACCCUGGAACGGCCUGGUGAACUGUGGCGCCUAGCAGUGGAGGGAGGGUUGUGAUGAGCGGGAAGAGCUUGCUGUUAAAGGUGAUCCUGCUGGGGGACGGUGGCGUGGGGAAGUCUUCCUUAAUGAACCGCUACGUCACGGACCGCUUCGACACCCAGUCCUUCCACACCAUCGGGGUCGAGUUCCUCAACAGAGACCUGGAGGUGGACGGGCGCCUGGUGACCCUUCAGAUCUGGGACACGGCGGGUCAGGAGCGCUUCAAGUCCCUGAGGACGCCAUUCUACCGUGGCGCCGACUGCUGCCUCCUCACCUUCGCUGUAGACGACCUGCACAGCUUCCAGAACCUGGCCGCCUGGAAGAAGGAGUUCAUGUUUUACUCUGACGUACGAGACCCAGAGAGGUUCCCCUUCGUUGUCCUGGGCAACAAGGUGGACAAGGAGGAGGGGAGGGAGGUGGGGGAGGACGAGGCUCGGGCCUGGUGUGAGGAGAACGGCUGUUGUCCCUACUUUGAGACCAGUGCUAAGGACGAUACUAACGUGGGAGUGGCGUUCGAGGCGGCGGUACGGGAGGUUCUGGCGGCGGAGGAUCAGAUCGACCACACGUUGUUGAGUAGCACUAUCGAUCUCCACGGCAACCGUAAAGUACAGCGCUCUUCUUGCUGCUGAUUGGUUGAAAGGACUGGUCGGAGCUAGCCCCUCCCUGAGUCCUCUCUGUCUAGCCUGUAGCUCGCUGAGAGCCAUAGAGGUGUUCUGCUCUCCACUGAUCUCUAUGGUUAUCUACAUGAUGCAGGUACAAGCUACUGAGACUGCCGUCGGGUUAAGAAAAUGAUUGGGUAUCAAUACAGCUGAUAAGAAGAGAAUCAGGCUAUCAAUGCAGCUGAUUUUAAAGAAUGUCGGGUUGUCAGUAUCAACGCAUCUGAUUUGAAAGAUUAUCAGGAGACAGCAAUGUAAAGGUACAAUGUAACAGCUACACCAUGUUUUUAAACUCGGUCUGCUUUCAGCAGUAUAGCACAAAACUGCUCUCUACAUCCAUCCAGCCAGCUUCAGCUUCAUGUACCUGCCCUGUGCAGUGUUUUCACCAUGUAGGCCUAGCCCUCCUACAGAACAGUCAUUUUAAUCUGAUCAUAUUAAUAUCCUUCCAGUUCUCCUCUCCGAGAGCACAGGCUGCUUGUGGCACAGCAACAUUCUCAUCCAUUACUAUCUCUGUCUGUCUGCUAAGUCUUUUAAGGUCUCAUAGGUACUUUGACCAGAACAUGACCAUCACACAGUCAGAUCUCAUAGGUACUUUGACCAGAACAUGACCAUCACACAGUCAGAUCUCAUAGGUACUUUGACCAGAACAUGACCAUCACACAGUCAGAUCUCAUAGGUACUUUGACCAGAACGUGACCAUCACACAGUCAGAUCUCAUAGGUACUUUGACCAGAAAAUGACCAUCGCACAGUCAGAUCUCAUAGGUACUUUGACCAGAACAUGACCAUCACACAGUCAGAUCUCAUAGGUACUUUGACCAGAACGUGACCAUCACACAGUCAGAUCUCAUAGGUACUUUGACCAGAACAUGACUCUUAUCACACUGUCAGAUCUCAUGACAUUGAUUGGGUGGUUGGCUGACUGACUGGUGGAAUAUAAUUGAAUAUAAUACACUGACAUAGACCUCUAAGUGAAGCGGGACUUUAUCCAGUCACACAUCUUGUUUAAGAACUGACAACAUUGAUUACACACAUUACUGUACCAGGACAAAUGUUUACUGCACAAAAAGGAAUUGUUAGAUUUUCUCCAAAGGGAAAUAUGUUUAUCAUUUAACACUGGAUACAUAUAUAUUUGAGUUUAUGUUCUGUCAUGUCUGUUAACACUGGGUACAUAUCUAUUUGAGUUUAUGUUCUGUCAUAUCUGUUAACACUGGAUACAUAUCUAUUUGAGUUUGUUCUGUCAUCAUUUAACACUGGAUACAUACAGUCAGGUCCAUAAGUAUUUGGACAGUGA